UUCCUUUUCUGCAAUGGGGAGCGGGGUUCUGAUCAGCGAUCAACCUGACUUUUACAUUAGAAAUAAAGAAAAGGAGCCCACAAUACAACUCAAAAGUUGCAACUGCCAUCACAUGGGAAAACCUAUAAUAUUGGUCUCUAUACAGAAUAUACCUUUGCUCAUUUUCUCACUAUACUUAGCACCCAAGGUUGCUUCUAUGCUGUCAAUUCUGCCGAAAGUGUUGAGCUAGGAGUGAUAAUUACACCCUUAAGAUCAAGAUUUCAUGUUAUUUCAAUUCAUGCCAUCAACUGCAAUUUUUGACAAAUAAUGCAGAAAACAAGCAAUGGCAAUUGAGUAAUUCUUGUGACAAAAAUGUGCCAAUUUGAGGCACCAAAAAGAUGGUAUAGCAACUUGUAGAACUAAUUUAUUGUUUAAAAACAAAAAUGGGGCAUAAAAGGGUUCCUUCAUGAGAUUGAGAACCAUUUCUAAGAGUUCUUCCCUUCCUUCCAAGUACUCUUUCUCUCAUCAGACCAAAAACACCCUUCACUUUGUGAUGUCUCGCAUGAGGCUAGGUAAGAAGCUUCAACCUGCAAAGAAGGCAUGGAAUAGCUUUUCCAACACAGUCCAAUACAAACUCCACAAACUCAACAUCCCCAAGUCCUUCAAAACCACCCUUCAACGCCUCCUCUCAGCUUUUCACUCCCUUGGCCAUCUCAUACACUCUAAACUUCAUCGCUCACUCACCACUACAAGGCCUCGUACCACUACUUACUACCAUGUUCAACACAAGCACUGUGCAGCCAUACACAUAGAUGACCUCUUUGACAAGCCUAAUUCCGUGUCCAUGCAUGCCACCAACUACAGAAGUGCUCAUGCACAAGGGCAAACAAGCAAAGGCAAAGAGAAAGAGGAGCGUUCCAUCUUAAAGGGUAAUUUGGUUGGUGAGUGUUACAACCAAAGUCACACCCUUUUGAAGAGAAAUUUGACCUAUGAGUGUAGCAACCAGAAUCACCACAGUGAAACUACUGUCAAUAGAAGUUUAACUGAUAAGCAUCGCAGCCAGAAUCAAAGCGGUGAGAGUAGUGGAUUGAACACUAUAGAGGAUGCAUGGAAGGUUGUGGUUGCUAAGUCUCCACAACUACAUGUUGAUCAAAAGGCAGAAGAAUUCAUCAGCAAGUUUCGUGAAGAUAUGAGGCUUCAGAAAGAGAGAUCAAUGCUUGAAUUCCAGGAGAUGCUAGCACGAAGUGCCUAAAGAAAUUUGAUCUCAGCAACUGUUUUAUAUUUCUAAUUUGACAUAUAGAGUAUAAGAUUGAUGUAUACAUACAUGGAGCAUGAUGGUUUGAUACAUAUAUAGUUUCUUUUUCAUUUCAUUUUGGAUUCUAUUGAGAAACAAAGUGAACACAUAAUUGCUUAUAUAUAAGUAGUUGUUUGUGUGAAGAUGUAUAGGAAAGUAGGGUUUGUGAGGGGCUUUAUCCUUUUUAUUUUGUAAACAUAAUUUGCAUUCAUUCUUCUUUUGGUUGAAAAUAAGCAUCUGAUGGAUUGUGCAUUGUUCUGUAAUCUGACAGAUAAUGAAGUGUGUAUACAAUGUAUUUGAGAGUUUUGUUAA